AUGCGAACCGCGAUAAAAACUAGUCAUCCAUUCACGGCACAUGCGAUGCUCUCAGCCUUCGCGAAAAAAUCGAGCAUGCGUCGAGCGCCGCCGCCUACUGCGACCGACGACGUCGCGGCGGCGUCGCGAACAAACGACGAUCAGCUGACGCCGCCGGAAAAACAGUUGACAGCUACCCUUGCGAGUCACAGCCGACGCGAUCGAUAA